AUGUCAGCAACAGUCGCAACCCCGCGCCCAACCGUCCUUAUUGUCGGAGCAGGUCUGGGAGGUCUCGUGCUCGGUGCCUUGCUCGAAAGAUGCAACAUCCCCUAUACCAUCUUUGAGCGUGCCUCCACCGUCAAGCCCUUGGGUUCCGCCAUGAGUCUUGCUGGACAGAUGAUAUACUUGUUCCGCCAAUUGGGAAUCGACGAGAAGUUCAUAGCCAUGUCCAACGGUGGAUCCCCAAGCUACAUCGUCGCUCGCCCGCUACUGUACGACCUACUUCUCAGUCUGAUUCCACAAAAAAAGAUUCACUUUAGUAAACGCAUACUCACAAUCAAGGAGGUGGACGACAAGGUCAAGAUCCAGGCUGCUGACAACUCUGUUUAUGAGGGUGAUAUCCUUGUAGGAGCUGAUGGAGCUUACAGUGCCGUCCGUCAGCAACUGUACAACAGACUCAAGAAGGAAGGGACCUUGCCCAAGUCUGACCAUGAAGACCUCCCCUUCAGCUGCACUUGUUUGGUGGGACAAACUGACCCUUUGGAUCUCGAGGAGUACCCUGAGCUCAAGAACCCCAAGGAACCCUUUGUCACCACCUUUGCAAGAGAUAAGCCAUUCACUCAUCUCUCGAAUAAAACGAGCAGGGCAGCUCAGGAACAGCGGUUCAGGAACACGGAUAACUCCGAGUGGGGACCCCAUGCUGCCCAAGCUAUGUGUGACCAGACUAGAGACUUAUCCAUCUCGUUUGGUGGUGGAAAGAAGACUUUGGGAGACAUCUACGACAAGACGCCCAAGGAGCGCGUCGUCAAGGUGAUGCUAGAGGAGAAGGUGUUCAAGACCUGGUCGUCUGGCCGCACUGUUUUGUUAGGCGAUGCCUGCCACAAGGUCAACCCCUCUGCUGGAGUCGGCGCCAUUACUGCCAUGCACGAUGCCAUCGCAUUGGCCAAUCUCAUCUACGCCUUACCAUCCAACACCUCAGAGGAGAUCACCAAGACCUUCAAGGAGUACCGUGACGAGAGAUACCCACCUGCCAUUGAAGCUUACAACAACAGUCUGCUGAUGAGCAAGCUCCUCAAGGGCGGUAUCACUGGUGCAAUUGCCUCGUUUAUGAAGAACAAUAUGCCCAACUGGCUGUGGAGACUCGCGGUCAAGGGGCUGAUUAUGAACCGUUUGCAGGCUGGGUUCCUCAAGCCUGUAGAGGACAAGGGUACCGUCCCACCCAACAUCUCGCCUAGCACUGAGAAGGCUCGAGCUCUCUACAACAAGCGCAUGGGUAUGGCUACUAUUGUUUAG